AUGGCACCACCUCCGGGCGGAGUUCUGGUCACGAACGAGAUCAAGGCCAGGCGGCAUGGCUCACAAGCAUCUACAACAGACGCGACCGACGACGAACCACGGCCUGCGAAGAAAAGCAGAGUCUCGACAGAUCCAUACGACACUCUACGCGCACAACUCGACACGCUCUCCAAGCGGCCGGACAAGCCGAUCGUGAUUCCGCGGCCGCCCUCGCCGUCGUCACUGCUCCCGCCUCCGCCGGAGAUUGUGAAGAACGUACAGGGAUCCAGCGCUGGUGCCGGAUCUGGCGAGUUCCAUGUCUACAAGCAGGCGCGGCGACGGGAGAUGGAGCGCACGGCGAUUUUCGAGCAGCAGCGGAAAAAGGACACGGAGAUGGCGGAGUUUGAGGAGAAGAAGAAGCAGCUCGAGGCGAUGGAUCGCGAGCGGACGGAGCGGAAUAGGGAGAAGCGACGGAAACGCAAUAAGAAUAACAAGUCUGCUGCGAAGACCGAGAAGGCUCAGGGACAGAGUGCGUCUACGGAAGGAAAGGGUGAUGUCAAGACGGAAGCAGACGAGACAAGGCAGACUGACAAGACUGAACCUGAAUCGUCUGCGUCUACAGCUGCUGCUGCUGCUGCUGCUGCGCCGGUGGCCGAUGGCGAGAUCAACCUGACGAUUGUGGACGAUUUCGACUUUUGA